GUACAAACCAAGUACACCUCCUACCAGGAAAUAUUCCAUACAACGCAGCUACACGGAGUGGGAGGUUUGACCACACACCCAUCCACAGCCAUACACGCUAUAGUGGUUAAUAAGCUGCCCGGUCCUGAACGCACCCGCCUGGAGCCAUGGCACGGCUCUGCCCUGCUGCUCCUGCCCUGCUGCUCUGCUCCCUUGCUGUGCUGCUCCAAACCUCUCUGCCGCUGGAUCAUGUGCCCAUGCUGCUUUGGUCAACUCAGAGAUCACAGUGGAAUCCAGACACUGCUGUGCAUGAAGGACAAGUUGUCUCAGCACAGGAGCUGAUGGUACUCUUGCAACCUCUUCUUACCCAGAACUCCAGAAACCUCGUCUUGUUCCUGCAAGAUAGGCUUAGCACAGAUGAUUUCACAUACUUCAGUGAAUCCUAUGGCAACAAGAAUCCAUUUCAAAAUGUUCAGGCAAGCAUUUAUCUCUUUUAUUUCUUUAUGUCAUCAGAUGUUUGUGUUAACCUAAGCAUUCCAUUUAUCACCAGUCCAGGUGGCUACAGCCUGGCUUUGCUCCAGGAAUUCUUAAUUUUUCCAAAUGUACUUCUAGCUACUGCAUCAGGAGUCCACUCCUGCUUUCAGUGCUCUGCUGACUUCCUUUCUCAUCUCCUUGGUACUUUUACAGACCUGCAGCUCCCACUUGUCACCCCAGACUGUUCUGGCCAGCCUGGACUGUCAAGGGCCAGCACCGCAAGAAAUGUGUCCCAGAGCAGCACAAUCAUUGAGCAGGCACAUGCCUCCCAUCCGCAGCACUGGUGGACGCAGAGCAUGAGCACUAAGCUGAAUCAAGUAUCAACUACAUCAGACCACAAGGACAUCCUUAAAGCUCAAGACCUUUCUGUAAUCAUCAAAGCAUAUGUGCUUGUGACGUCCUUAACACCUCUGCGGGCAUUCAUUCAUUCAACCACCACGGUCUGGCAUCCGCCCAAGAAGAAGCAUUUUACCAUAAAGCUGAAAAGGUUUUUUGAGAUAUUCUUCAGGAACAGUUCUCCCCAACAAGCCUUUAACAACAUGAAGGAGGCUAUAAACAAACUUCUACUUAUAACUGAGGUCUUCAGCAAAUCAUCUUCUUCAGGACCAAAUUCUUUCAAUCAAUGCAGCCAGUGUUUUCAAAUGCUAACCUUUGACAUUGGAUUCAGCAUGUCCAUACACCCAGUAGUUCUUAAGGUGCAUGAAAACUUUGACUUUCAAGUUGAAAAUGAAUCAACUAUUCAGGACCAAAUUUCCAAAGAACUUCUUUUUGAAGAUACAUUUAAAUUUCUCUUAUCUAAUGAAUCUUCAACAUCCAGUUUCAUAGAAGCUUUGCAAAAAAUAUAUGGAUCAUCUGUGAGCAAGGAUGGAACAUACAACAGAGAAGAUGAGCAAUGUUUCUCUUUGGAACAGAUACAUUCAAUGAUUACUUUCAUAAAGGAGCUGAAGAGUCUUGGACAGUUUGAGCUGCUUUUCCCUUCUUCUGCACCCAAGAUCCAAAUGUUGCUGCAUGACCUAUAUCGAAUGGUGGACCCAAUGAGACGGCUUAAUUCAGUCCUGACUGUGCAUUGGUUGCUUUCCAGUGUCCUUCAGCAUUUCCAGUUCAUGAAUAAAGAGGCACAUACAAAUCUUUCAGAGUGGCAACGUUCUCAAGAAAAUAUGAAUCCUAAGCAGAAUGUUCCUUCUGACUUCAGAAAGAACUAUGAAGCUUUGCAUUAUUCCAGUAAGACUGGAGAAAGACAGUGCAGUUAUGAUAAAGAUACCCUAUCUCAUAUCAGACAGAUCUUCACCAGUCCACAGCUGGACUUGAAUCCUCAGUUUAACCCAAAGAUCAGAGAAUACUAUGCAGAAGUGCCAUUUGACAUGGUGACAGUGAAGAUAGGAGCAGAACCCUCUAAUUGUCAAUGCCAUGUACACCUCGACGACAAGAAUGGGCCAAGCAAUGCUAACUACCCGCUUGGCCUUGGAUUGAACAAAGUCAUCAUUCUCUUAACGGAUGAUUCACAGCCCAGCCCUGAGGUUGUGAGCAGCUACAGAAUCACAAUUUAUCGAGAAGACCGCCCUAGCCUCCCUUUGUUUGAUGACUAUAUGAUGUGUGGGUUUGUGCAGGACUGUGCUUCCAAAAUUCGCCCAGAGGAGUCCUGUGGCUUGCAGCCUCUCUCUCAUGAAUACCUCUCAGCAAUUUCGCAGACAGUGUUUAAGACCUGUGAAGCUGGAGACACAAAAGGGCAAUGGAUUGUCCCUUGCCUCAGCUGUUCUGACAACAGGACCUGCGACUGGAGAGAAAUAACUUGGCAGCCCCACGGCUGCCAAUACUCUGUGCUGGCCAAGCCCGAGCUGCAGCGCUGCGUGGAGGGCAGAAGGAUUCUUUUUAUAGGUGACUCAACCAACAGAGGGAUGAUGUAUUAUCUAAUUGAAAGAGUGAAUAAGACUCUUCAGGAAUGGCAGAAGACUCAUGAUGUUAAAUGUUAUCACAAUAUCAAUGAGGGGAAAACAUUUAUCAGUUAUUCCUACUACCCCCAGUUCUGGAUGAAUGCAAACCAGAGACCGACUUUUGAAAAAGCACUAGAACAGCUGCUGCAGAGAUCACGUCCCUUGGAGAACACAGACCAGACUGUAUUAAUUGUAGGUGGUGUUCAGUGGCUUAAUUCCAAUCACCUGCAAAUUAUCCAAAAGGUGUUAAACAGGUAAUGUUAUGUUCUUGGUGUUAUUCAGAUUUUUAAUAUGAUAAAUUAUGGGAAACAACACCUGGUAAUUGUCAAAUCCAUAGGGAUGGGCUUUCACCUUCCAGUGGAUGGAAUCCAUUCUCUAUCACAGGCGGAAGUACAAAACUUGUGGAAUGAAAACUUGAUUAUUCUGGAUACAGCAAAAAAUUUGGGCUAUGAAGUGGUUGACACCUUUGUCAUCACCAUGGGACGUUACAAAGAAUUCCUGCAAGGGAAGUGUGGCUGCCAUUUUCAUGAGGUGGUGAAAUCCAAUCCCUCUGAAGAAAGGCCACACAUAACAAUGACGUUAUCAAGGCACUAUACGCUGGGGAAAUAUUUCGGCAGUCAAAGCAAACCAUCACAACUGCAGGACUAUGCAACAAAUUCUCAGUCCCCAUAUCAUGUCCGAGGUCCAAUAAAUCAAGUUUAUUCUGAAAUCCUUCUCAGCAGGCUCUGUGCAAAUAAGAGGCAGUUUGUCAGCACAUAGCCUCUCUUGGAUAUAGCACCGAGGCUAGGGAAGUGCCACUGCCUGAGUGACAAUUGAAGGACCACUGUGGAUUUAUGAUAUGCUUCCUUGAUUGACUGCAUGCACACAAAGAGACUUCAGGAUAUGUGGGUUUUUUUCCAAAAACCUGAUGAAAUUAAGAUAUGCCCUGGUGACUCUGUUGUGUGAAAAUGGAAGAUGGAGGGUUGCAAAGGAGAGAAGAGGGGAAGGUACUUGAACUAUUGCAUAAAACUAGAACAGCUGUAGCUCAAGCAAGCGUGUAUUAUUGAUAGUAAAAAGACAUAUAUUCUCUUCAACAUUUGCAAAAGAGCUGUUUUAGGUCUUCAGCACUAUCUAUUUUUCUAUUUAUAGACACUGUAAUAUUUGAAUGUAUUUAGAAACUGACUACAUUCCAUUUGAAAGAGUUUUAUUUUAUAUGGACGGGAUUCCCUUCCAUAUCAAACCUUUUCUGUUUCAACACUUGCUUUAUAGAAUCUGAAAAUGUCUAUUAGCAUUUUACUGAUGAUACUCAGUUUUGAACUCUAGUUUUUAGUGAGAUCACAUCUCUUCUUUGUAUCUUAGAUGGAACAGAUAUCUACUCUAUUUUUUUGCAUGUUCUGAAGCUAAUAGGGAGAUAGGUUACCUACACUUGAGACUGAUUGUAACUGUUUCAAUGUAACAUGUAAAUAUAGUGAAUUUGUUAACAUAAAUUUAUUUAUGGUCCUAGUUUAGGAGAGUGUCCGUAUGCAGGAAGAAUGUUUAGGUAAGUGCUUCACUGUCUACCUUCUCCCGUAAGCCAAUCAAGUAUUUAUUCUUCCUGCACAGAAGUGCCAUUUCUUUAAUUAUUUUUUACAAAACACUUGCCAAUGUGUGAAGCCAGUGCCACAAACAUUUAAAAAAAAAAGCACACACAAGAAUUUCAGGAUCUGGUAAUUUAUCUGUCAUAAGAAGUAUGUGAUAUGAUGGCAGCAGAAUCUACUGCGAGUAUCUCUUGCUUGGCACAGACAGGGACCUUCUCUGAAUGCCAGUUUCAGUUCAGACCUUCUGUCAGCUGCAGUUUCAUGCUGUAGGCCAGCUACAUCCCCAGUGUUUGUAGCCCUGUGGGUGACACCCCAGGGAGAAGCUGUGUGUUGGUCCCCUCCCACAGUGCUGGCAGCCCCCUCACUCACAGCUGAGGUGCCCGAUGUGAAACUGUGCACGGUCCAGGAUUAGCAGCUGGGUGACAGGUUAGUGGCAACCCAUAGGACUGUUGUCCCUACAGAUUAUCCAGUUAUGCAAUUUCAUUCAUCCAGUCACAUAGCAGGCAAUCAAGGCACCACUCUACCAGCAAGCAUUAGAGAAGGGUGUUCUAAGCAGGCAGGUGCAAGUCUAACCAAAGGUCUGCUGAGUUCUGUGUCAUGCUUCUCUGUCACAAUUUUACAUAUAAUCCUCCACUAGCUUUUGCUUUGGGAAAUGAAGCCACAAAAAAUGUCAGGUAAAAACGUUGUUUUAUUCCAACAAAUAAAAAAAACAAAGCAAAGAACUAAUUAUCAUCUUACUUGCCUUAGUAGCACACAGAGGGCUACCCUGUAUAGAAGUAGGGCUAGCAAUUCAGAACACAACAUUUAGUAUUUGUCUAAGGUCCUGUAUCUAUAAACAGUCUGUAUGCCCAGCUAUAGUUCUGUGAAUUUGUGCUUCUCCAGGUAAGAAAUGUAAAGUUUUAAUAGGAAAUUCUCUAGCAAUAUGGAGUUUGGCAUCCUAGAUGAUAGAGAGUAUCCUCCAAAACAGGAUCUGGCAUUCCUGAUUUAAGACACCUUUCACUAUAUUGAAAAACCUUCUAAUUUAGAUAACGACAAAAUUAGUGAGAUGGUAUGAUUAUAUCUGUUUCUUUAUAAUAUGCUGCUGAUUGCUUACAAAAAAUAUCCCCAAAUUUCAAUGUAAGGUUUUCACUGGCAUGGAGAUCUACAUGAAAGAUGGGUCAGGAGCUGUGUGUAAAUACUGAAAAUAUCAGCAUUUGGUUUUGAGCAAUAUGAUUAUCUAAAGAAUGUAAUUAUAUGCAAAUGAUGUAAUAUAUUCUCUUGGGUCUGGAAAUCCAGGGCUGCACAACCAUAAAGCUGAAGGAUAGAAUAUCAUCAUUGAUAUUAGUAGAUGCAAAAUACAGCCAGAUGCCUUUGGUAUUAAGAUGAUCGAUGAUAGCUGUAUUACAGUUCUGCUUCUGAUAAGAUUUUUUUUUUUGUAGCUCAUUUAAAUCCACAUGCUGUUACUGUUCUUGUUCUGUACAUAAACGUUUUUAAGGCAUUAACUGGGUUUUUGUGGGGUUUUUUUAGCCAAAACCUAUUGCUGAAGCAUCAACUUAGUUAUGAAAAGGAAAGAGCUGACUUUGUUAUACUGUAGUGGAUAUCAGUGAAUGUGCAAUUCAUCAGUUCUGGUUUCACCACAAAAUGGUUUACAUGUGCUGUACACCCAGGUGUCUUAAUGUUUUCCAAAUUUUAAUAUUUUUCAAAUGUAUUAAGUGUAUAUUUUCCUGUGUGUUUUCUAUUUUUUACAUGUCUAUGUACAUUAUUAUGUCUGUACAAAGUCAUCGGUACAAUUUGCAAAUUGAUCUUUAUUUAAACAAGUUUUUAGAAUAAGCUUUUUCCAACACUAUGUAUAAUCCACAUAGUCUUAGGAAUAAACAAAGGAUACUAAGCUACAUUUUUGUUAUUUAACUUUAAAAUAUAUCUAGUAUCUCUAUGAAUGUGAAAGAUGAGAUUUGAGAUUGACAUGCAAGGACUACUUUCUCAUAUGCAUUAAAAUUUAUGGAUUAAGACAAUAAAAGGAUUACUGUGUUUGAAUUCCAGUGAGAGCACAUGUUGCUAUCUACAGUUUACUCUAGAGUUAUUAUAUCUGCUGUGAUAUUUUGCCUGAAUAAACAUUAAAGUGUUCCUAUAGUCCAUA